GGACCGAUUUCCAGAUCAUAUACACACGGAUCCAAACAAGCUAGCAUGCAAAAAGGAAAAAAGCAGUCAAGCUUAGAGCAGGACCGGCCUGGAGAAAAAAGGCGAUGCAACCAGUAACUAGGUAGGUAGGUAGCCAAGCAUAGAGCAUAACAAACUAGCCAAGGAAGGAAGGGGCCGGCCGGGGCCUAAGAAGAAGAAGAAGAAGAAGAAGAAGAAGAAUGAUGAACCACCACCUGGGCGGGCGGCACCAGCAGCAGCAGCUGCCAUACCACCUGAGCAACACUCUGAUCGGCUACCUCAACCUGGCCACGCUCCUCGCCUCCAUCCCUAUCAUCGGCGCCGGCCUCUGGCUCGCCCACGCCUCAUCUUCUUCGCCGUCGUCCUCAACAACAUGCCAGUCGGCGCUCCAGACGCCGCUCAUCGCCAUCGGCUUCGUGUCCCUGCUAACCUCGCUCCCGGGCUUCAUCGGCGCGCGCUACCACGUGGCCUGGGCGCUGCGGCUCUACCUAGCCCUGCUCCUCCUCCUCGUCCUCUCCCUGCUCGGCGCCACCGCCUUCGGCCUCGCCGUCACGGCCGGCGGCGGCGGGACCCCCGUCCCCGGCCGGCCGUACCGGGAGUACCGGCUCAGGGACUACUCGCCGUGGAUGCGGCGGCAGGUGGAGACGGACAAGCUCUGGCGGCCGGCGCUGGCCUGCGUGGUGGGCUCUGGCGCCUGCCCGAGGAUGGCGGCCUGGACGCCCAUGGACUACAUGGAGCACGAUCUCACCCCGGUCCAGUCCGGUUGCUGCAAGCCGCCCACGGCCUGCACCUACGGCACCGGCAGCAAUGGCGGAUCUCUGCAGCAGACACAGGUUCAGGUGCAGGAGGCGGACUGCUACCGGUGGGGGAACGACCCCGGGGUGCUGUGCUACGGCUGCGAGUCGUGCAGGGCCGGCGUGCUGGAGCAGCUGCGGCGGCACUGCCAUGGCCUCACCUUGCUGAACGCCGCGCUGCUGCUGGUGCUCAUCGUCGUCUGCGCCGUCGGGUGCUGCGCGUUCCGGAACGCAAGGCGGACCGAGCUCGCGGCAUACGGCGGCAUGGCCAAGAUCCACCCCAGAUGGGACUACUUCUGCGCAAGGUGGUGGCGUGGCCGAAGAGAACAGCUCUAUUAAUUCCUCAUCCAUCGUCCAUGGGCUUUGCUUCAUUUGGAGUUUGUAAUGCUCUGCAUGGACACAUAAUUACAAACUCUCCUUUUUCUGAAAUCUUCUUCUUCAUUUAAAUAUAUAGUGUUUUCAA